UGUGAGUUCGCGUUGAGGACGGAAACCAUCGUUCUCCAACCUGGAGAAACACGCUGGAAUUGAACUGUCGGAAGGAUGAUGAAGUUACAACGUACCGCUGGCGAACUGGCUUCAGAUGAGGCUCAAAGACAGUCAGAAAGCCAUCAAGCCUCAUUCCCCCAUUUUGUCUGCGAUGGGCGGGCAAGCGCAUUGUCUUUCUUCUCACGUGAACCCUGUCUUCUUUUUUUUCCUUUUCUAGCUUCUCGCACCCUUCUACUGCGCGUUUGCCAUAUCAACACCUACAAUGGUUAUGCGACCUGGACAAUACGAAGGAUGUCUAGUCUCUUACGAUGCAUUGACUAAUGGUUCGGCGUUGACGACAACACCACCAACAAAUCGUUAGCCCGCCACAGGCUUAGAUUGCGAUGGCAAAAAUAAAGCCAAAUCUAGGUAUGGAAUGUGGGAAGCAGCGUUGUCGGAAACCCAAAAUAAGUGAGAGUCGAAAUGUAUAAAUGGACAACGGGUUCCUGCAUGAAAGAAGAAGAAGAGUAACACAGCAUCUCAGCGUCACAAUUACCAUUCUUCUAUCGUCCGCAGCGACUACCCCCCAGACUCCAUCACCUUUCCAGCUCAGACCAAACCAACAGGAAAGCACCAACGAUGCAGCUCCAGACCGUCCUUCUUUACGCCCUUCUGUCGGGCCUUCCGACUACCCUCGCCAACCCCAUCAGCGAGGUCCGCGCCCCAGGCGAGCUCCAUGAGGUUAGCAAGCACGGCAACAAGAAGGGUGGUCAUGGUAACGGCGGCGGCAAUGGCCAUGGGAAGGGACAUGGUAACGGCAACGGCAACGGCAACGGCGACGAAUGGGUGGACCAGGGCCCAUGGUGGUCUGUGACAGGCUUCUCUCGUCACUGGAACGAUACCACGCACUCGGUUGAGCUCAACUUUGCCAUCUGGGACUCGCGGGACAAUAAAGAGGUGCCCUGCAUUGUCAACGCCCACAUUCCCGAUGGACAAAACUACAAGUUUGCCGAGUUCCACUCACUGCCCUGCGCCAAACCCGAUGCCGGGGCUGAAAAAUAUUUGAUCUCGAUGGGAUACGUUGAGUAUUUUGAUGCUGGCAUCAUGAAUAUCUGCGAUACCACUGUGGUCGACGGCGGACCUUCAGCGUCGACUUGGUUUUCGAUUGAGGCCAUCAACAGGCCUAGGGAACGCCUUUUCCCUGACUUCUUGAGGGUCCCUGUCGGGUUUACCGAUCUCGGUUGUGUGUACGACAGGAGCCCUUACCCUUUGUAAGUGGUUAUGGAGGCCAUUACGAUGGCAAUGACGAUGAAGAUGAUGCCUGGAACGACUGAUUGGGCUACAAGAAAUGAGGAAGUAGUUGAAAUGACGAAUAUCAUGUACACGCCGAAUAGGACGUUUAGUGGGCUGUAGUUGCGCCGGUAUCAGAGGCUGUUUAUAAAGCAAAGUAAGACGUGAACAAUUGGAGAGAAGAGAGAAAAGAGAAGAAAAUGCCAACCGUUUCAUUCUCCACGAAA